AUGGGAAGUUUAGGCAAAUUGUCUGCGCGUAAUAUCAUUGCGCCCGGGCAGGAUAUAAUCGAACAGAACAGCGCGCUUUCCAUCCCCAAUAUUUUCUUAAAUUUGCUCCCCGCCUUUGAUGCUCCAGUCCCCGAUGCUCUUCGAUUCACUUUCCCACCUCUGAAUAAUAAUUCGCCCGAGCAAAUCGCCUCUUCUACGACUCGUUUCCACGAUCAUUUGCCCACAGCAAUUGGUGCGGAUCUCAUUGGUCAUUCGAUUCCCGAUCCUACACUCUUCCUAUCUCUGCGGAAAGAGUGGCAGAAUGUACAGCCCGAUGAAGUCCAGUCGAUAUUCCAUGUGACAAACGAUGGAAACGCUCAUUAUUACCCAAUCUGGAUAUUGACAUGGUGGGAAUUAGUGCUAUCAGGCAGACAGAAACAGGACCAAUGGCUUUUCACUCAAGCAUGGGAUUAUAUAUCGCAUAUAGGAUGGGACACUGCAAUUCCGUUCGAAACCAGAUGCUCUGCCGCUGAUCUAUCGUUCUUUCUCUCAAACAAUUGGUUGGCCACUCGACAUAUUGAUUGGAUGCUCGAAUCGGCGCAGCUCCGCUUUGAAUCACGCGAACCAGGCGAGGCUCAAUUGCGACCUCCCCAUAAUUCAGUUAUUUUCUACUCACCCGAAGUCCUCCGGGCAUUCGACGAUUCGAAACCAUUCCACCCAGUAUUCCUCCCCGCCUCUCGGUUUCUUUCGCCACUUCAAAUCGGAUUCGAAAUGGGGAGCGCCCACUGCUCUAUACCGUCUAACUACUCUGACGUACACUGGAUCGCGCUAGAGGUUGACUUCAACCGGCAGGUCAUCCGUUAUGGCGACUCGAUGGGUGGCCAGAGAAGUUCGGCUCGCAUUCGGAAUAUAAUCAACGCCUGGCUGAAAGCGACUUGGGGUUACGACAAAUUUGUGUCUGAACAGAUGCCAUGCGGUACUCAAGUGGACGAUGCGACUUCCUGUGGAGUUUGUGCGGUCAAUACCAUUGAAAGGCAGGUCUUUGAAGACCCAUUAUGGGACGAAGGUCUUGCCUCGGCAUAUCGGGCAUCAAAAUUUGUGGAAAUAGCGUACCGAAUAUUAGUGCCGAAUGGAUCUGAUUCCAUUAUCAACCCCCCAUUGCCGAUAUCGCGCAUAUUGGCCAAUUCGUUAGCUGGGUCAAUCGGACAAGGUUUAUUUAUUGCCGAGCCCCCAACAUCUCCUCAUCAAGCCUCCGGUUAUCUCUCCUCCGAUGACAAUUUCUUCGAUGGAUUUCUUCAGAUAGCUCGUGCAUCGAAACCAGGUUUUGAUACGCUCGGGAUUGGACUCAGACUCGAGUUCAGACUCCAACUCCAGCUCAGAGAGUUUGAAACGCCGAGAAAACGACAAAAGCCUGGGAAGUCGGCAGCACAUACCCGGACUGUCUUAGGAGCCGUUCGCGAAGGAAACUUUCAAAUCGACAACCUUCGAUGGGCUCGUUUUGAAGCAACGAUCAAAGAUCUCGAUAAUUAUGCUGUGCUCGAUCGCGAAAACCCACUAUAUGUACGACACUCGACAUGCGGGAAUAAGUUCAAGAUGCGCCAGCCAUACGAUACCAAAAAUUUCAAAACACACGCCAAGCAAAAACUUGUGGGCCACAGGCGACAGGAGCAUCCUCAGGAAGAAAGUCAAAAAGCUUGA